AGGCGGAAGUGAGRGAGUGUCAUGGCAACCGCGGGCGCGUCGCGGCGUUCGGGAGUCCCGCGGAGCCGGAGACCCUGAGCCCCUGAGGGUCGGCCGGGACUGCUGGAGCCUCUCGGUGCGGGACGGGUUCGCUUGGAGCCCUUGGGGGGCUGCCAGAUUCCUGUUUAUUGAGGACGACACACGCCGAGUGGGGAGAGGAGACCAGGAACCCAAGUGGUGAUUUUUGGUGAAGUCACACGUAAGGUCACCAUGAAGGCCUUGUAUGGUCAGCAGAAUUCUCCUGGAGAGGAAAUGACAUUUGUGUUCCAGGAAAGAGAGAGCCUUCCUCCCACCAGAGAUCACGAUGUAAAAGUGCRGGUCAGAGCCUGUGCUCUGAGCUGGGUGGAUAUAAAGCUCCUGUCAGAAAUUAAACUGAAGAAGGAACUUGUGCCUCUUGGGCGAGAAAUUUCGGGAGUUGUGCUGGAAGUUGGAAGCAAGGUGACCUUUUUCCAGCCAGAUGAUGAAGUGGUGGGAAUUUUGCCCCUGGAUUCUGAGGAGUCGGGUGUCUGUGAAGUUAUCCUGGUUCACGAACAUUAUUUGGUUCACAAGCCAGAGAAGGUGUGUUGGGCAGAAGCUGCCGGGACAGUGCGGGACGGGCUCCGCGCGUACACGGCCCUGCAUUACCUGUCCCAGGUGUCUCCAGGCACGGCUGUGCUCGUCCUGGACGGAGCAAGUCCAUUCGGUACCAUCGCCAUUCAGUUGGCUCAACACAGAGGGGCCAAAGCCCUGCCAGGCUCCAGUGAGCUCCAGCAGCACCUGCAGAGGCUCCCACCCUUGGUGGCCCGAGUGAUCGAUGUGUCCCACGGCAAGAUUGACGUGGCCGUGAGCUGCCUGGAGGAGACGGGCGGGCUGGGCGUGGACAUUGUCCUGGAUGCCGGAGUGAGGUUAUACAGUGCUGAAGAUGAACCCACUUCCAAAUCCCAGAUGCUGCCUCACAAGCAUGACAUCAUCACUCUGCUCGGAGUUGGGGGACGCUGGAUAACAAUGGAAAAGAACCUGCAGCUGGAUCCUCCAGACAGCCAUUCCCUGUUCCUUAAGGGAGCCACAGUGUCCUUCCUGAAUGAUGAGAUCUGGAACUUGUCCAAUGUGCAGCAGGGGAAGUAUCUCGCCAUCCUAGAAGAUAUCAUGGAGAAAUUAGCAAGCAGCAUUUUCAGGCCUCAGCUGGAUGAACCAAUCCCAUUGUACGAAGCUAAAGUUUCUAUGGAAAUAGUUCAGAAGAAUCAAGCAAGAAAAAGACAAGUCAUCCAGUUCUGACACACAGCUUCCUUAUUUCUCAGCCUGGGGAAGAUAAAUGUAAUGUAUUGGUGGAGUAAAUCAGGCAGUUCUGUAAACAGAACUUAAACAUCUUUUGUACCUCAGCACAAAUGGUGUCUGAAGUUUCUGUGACUUCAGAGGUUUUUUUAAUUCCCUUGAGCAGAAUGUUCCCAUCAGCAGCUUCUAAAGAAGCAGCCUUGACAUAAAAAUCUUGUCUGCCCUGCCCCAGUUACAAAUGUCAAAAACAUCCACAGGCAAACUCAGUUGCUGUUGGUUUGCAAUCCUAAGAAAUUAAAGGGGGAAAAAAUAUGUUUUAAUUAGUCUUUCUUUCUCCAGCUCCUACUAGUAACCUUUACAGUUACCUUUUGCUUUGAGUGCACUGAGACCGAAUACUACACUUAAAGACCUUAAUCCACAUUUUAAAUUGUUAYCCAAUUGAAGGACAGGCAAAACUAUCCAGGUUGGGCAUGGGUGCCAGAAGGGGAGAACAUGGUACUCACAGCAGGAGUUUGUCCCAGCCCCUUCUCUUCAUUUCAGCACUCAGGCAGUAAACCUGGUAAAUCCAGAGUCCACAAGCUGGUGGAAUUGUGUGAGUCAGUUGUUUAAGAUGCUUUGAUAUCUCCUUGUGCUGUGCAUUUCCACUUCCCCUCUUUUGACCUCAGCACAGCCCAGAUCUGUCUCUCCAGCAUUAUCCAUGAUUGUGGCCUGCCUGCAAGUAAGCAGUGGGGAAGGAACUGCAUUUUUCUUUCCUCAAAACAUUUGUCUUCCUACUUGCUCUGAUUUGAGAGCAAAAAUACCUUUUUCUC